AUCAGGAAAAUCACUGGCGGUCACCUUUAUACCAAAUCUGACCGGCAACAUGCCGAUUCCCACUAUUCUAUUAUUAUUAUUAUUAUAUCUCCAUUAACCAAACCUAACAUUCGUCUACCUCCCAUUAUAUAUACCUCUCUCUCGAAGCCCGAAUACUUUCGUAUUUCCCUGCCGGCUGUACUUGUGAACAGUCCUCGAACGCGCACGGCCAUGUCCAACAUCCCCACGUCCCUCUGCAACUCCUCUCUCACCCUCUUCCGCCUCGCCAUCUCCAGGUCCGAUCCUUGGCCCUUCUCCCUCUAAACCCGAGCUUUUCAAAAUCCUUCCUUGAUUCUCUCUCUUUUCUUCCUUUCGUCCAUGAGAGGUGAAGAUAAACAGAGACAUCAUCAUCACCAUCACCGUCUGUUGAACUUUCACUUGCACAUGCCGCACCUGGGCCACGGGGGCGAGAAGGGGAUGAUGAUGAGGAAGGGGUGGAUGGGGAUCAGGGUGGGGCAGGAGGGGGAGGAGCAGCAGCGGUUCGUGGUGCCGGUGGGCUACUUGAAGCACCCGCUCUUCGUGAGCCUCCUCGAGCAGGCCGAGAAGGAGUAUGGGUUCCAGCAGCAGGGAGCCAUCACCAUCCCUUGCGGCGUCGACCACUUCCGUCACGUCCAAGGCAUCAUCGACCGCGACACCGCCACCGCCGCCCACCACCACCACCACCACCACCACCACCUUCCUCACUUUGCCGGAUGCUUUAGGGCUUGAAGAAUUUGUAGCCACCUCUUUUUCUCUUUUGAUUUUUUUCUCUUUCCCAGAAAGUGAAAGAGAAGAUUGACGGUGACGAUACUUAUCUAUGGGAUCGAACCUUUUGUGCUUUGUCUUCUUCUUUAUUUUAUAUGCUUCUUAAUUUUA